ACCUAGGCAGCAGCUACCGUCAACUUCAUAUCCCAGGAGGCAAUGCGAUCUGUCAGUUCCUAAGGUCUACAAGCCCAGACAACCUGCGAAAGGGAGGACUCGUCGGUGCGGCGACAAUUCUCUCGGUCUUUCAACGAUUAUUGUUGUUAAAAUAGAGGCAUACAUUAAAAUUCAAUUGGGUAGAAGUAGAGCAUUCCAAGCCUCCCGCCCCGCUACCCCUGCACAGAGAUAUGAGCGGCAGCGGGCGGCCCAGAACUAGCUCGUUUGCUGAGCCACAAGGUGUACCAGGAGCCGCCGCAGCAUCCGCUGGAUCAGCCGCUGCCGUGGGGAGCAGCACAGGAAAGUCCGGGGUCCCGCAGGCCUCGGGGAGCAGCUCGUCGGGAUGCUCGAAUUUAAAGCUGACCAGAGACAGCGGAAAGGUGACGACGGUGGUCGCCACGCCCGGCCAGGGCCCAGACCGCCCCCAGGAGGUGUCGUACACAGACAUCAAGGUGAUCGGUAACGGUUCGUUUGGUGUGGUUUACCAGGCACGACUCAUCGACAGCCAGGAGAUGGUGGCCAUUAAGAAGGUCCUGCAGGACAAGAGGUUCAAGAACCGAGAACUCCAGAUCAUGAGGAAGCUGGACCACUGCAACAUUGUCAGGCUACGCUACUUCUUCUAUUCCAGUGGUGAAAAGAAGGAUGAGGUAUACCUUAACCUGGUGCUGGACUUCGUCCCAGAGACUGUGUACAGAGUGGCCCGCCACUUCAACAAGGCCAAGAGCAUCAUUCCUAUUAUUUACGUCAAGGUGUACAUGUACCAGCUCUUCCGUAGCCUGGCCUACAUCCACUCCCAGGGCGUGUGUCACCGAGAUAUCAAGCCCCAGAACCUGCUAGUGGAUCCAGAGACAGCCAUUCUCAAGCUCUGUGACUUUGGCAGUGCCAAGCAGCUGAUCCGUGGGGAGCCUAAUGUGUCAUACAUCUGCUCGCGGUACUACCGCGCCCCGGAGCUCAUCUUCGGGGCCACUGACUACACGGCCAACAUCGACAUCUGGUCGGCAGGCUGCGUGCUGGCAGAGCUGCUGCUGGGACAGCCCAUCUUCCCCGGAGACAGCGGUGUGGACCAGCUAGUGGAGAUCAUCAAGGUUCUGGGGACCCCGACCAGAGAGCAGAUCCGAGAGAUGAACCCCAACUACACAGAGUUCAAGUUCCCCCAGAUCAAGGCCCACCCCUGGACCAAGGUGUUUAAGCCUCGCACCCCUCCCGAGGCCAUCGCCCUGUGCUCCCGCCUGCUGGAGUACACCCCCGCCACGCGCUUCUCCCCCCUCGAAGCCUGCGCACACACCUUCUUUGAUGAACUCCGCCAGCCCAACGCCCGUCUGCCCAGCGGGCGAGACCUGCCCCUGCUCUUCAACUUCAGCACCACCGAGCUGUCCAUCCAGCCCCAGCUCAACUCCACCCUCAUCCCUCCUCAUGUCCGCGUUCAGACCUCCUCCUCCUCUCACGAUGGGAUUGGUUCUGAUGGCUCGUCUCAACAUAGCUCUGUACCCGGCUCCCUCAACAGCACCUGAACCAUCCUCAACCUCAGCUCACCUGCCAGCCCCCAACCCUGCGUGCACACACACACACAUACACUCACACACAUACUACAUCCUGGACAGCUUUCUCCAUGCUGCUUGUUAUCUCCCAUUGGUUAGAGCCAUUCCUUUUUGUACUGUACAUAUACACACCUGGGAACUUUUGUUAACGUUCAACUCAAACAAAACUAGUGCUCUGAGAGACAUGGAGACACCCUCACAGUGUUAUUUCAUGCCCUACUUUGACCCAUUAGCUCAGUUCUGUGUGUGUGGUUAGAACCCUGAUGCUGCUGCUGAUUGGUUAAAGGUCCUGUUGGAGGGGCAGGUCCUCUGGAUAAUAACUUUUUUUUUUCUUAUUUGUAUUUUUCGUAUUCCUUCCGCUUAUUUUUUUUUUUCAACAAUACUUUUUUGUUGAAUUUGUUUUCUUUUAACUGGAGUUUAUUUAUUGGAGACAGAUGACCACAUGAGCAGCUCAUGGCCCCUAUACCACAUAAUGUCAGAGAGAAAAGCUCUCUCACCUCCAGGGCUCUCACUUAGAGUUUUUUCAACACAUACCUCCCUUCAACCAUACCUGGGGUUGACCUCCAUUCUGAUACGACAGGACUGGUGGAAGGCAGCAGAAUUGUGUUGGGGUGUGACAUUUCCCUUAUCGGGUCAGAGGUCAACUCCCAAUGAGAGGAGGGAGGUUUUGUGAUUUCAGACGAGGCUGUAGUGUUUUUUCUUCUUCUGGCUAGUCAGAAACCAUGAAUGGCCCCACCUUGACAGGGCAUUUUAGAAACUAAUUGUUUAGUUGUGGAAACACAUACUCGGGCCUGGGUGCCAUAUGGACGUGGAGAGAAACGGUAGUGUUUUUUAUACGUUUUAUUAAAUUACCAUGAAAACUGAUGACAACAGCUGCUUUUUUUCCUCCUUUUUUUGCAUACUUAAUGUAAAUGUAUUUAUUAUUUUAAAUAGGUUUUCAGAGUGCCACUAUUCACUCUGAAAAGGUUGGGGAGGGAUGGAAGGGGAGGGAGGUGGAAGUGAUCGAUUUACUAGCUAUAUUUGUUAACCAUUUUCCAUCGGUGGGAAAUGUCUCUAAGGAAGUCUUAAUAUUGGUUGCAAGAAGGAUUUCCAUAGAAUUAAGACACACAAACACACACACAUGUGCUGGAUUGAGACAGCAGCUGUAAAGGAUUUAUCAACUGUGGUACAGCCGUCUAUAUAAAGAAAGUAUCUAUAUAGGCUUUCAGCAGCCAUUUUGACUAGAGUAUUAACUAUGGAAUAACUGACUCCUGCUUGAACAGGACACAUCUCUGUGCCCUUCAGUUCUGUGAAAUAGGGUUUGUAAGUGUGUGUGAAUGUGAGUUUGUAACCAUGUCUACUCUUGUUGCCAGUGUCGUAGGGAGGAUUCAGAGUUUCUUUAAUCCUGACAUCGUGUAGCUACUUCACGUGAGACGAUGUGGGAAGGUUGAGGGGUAAAGCAUGGCUGGGGUUUGGUGUCCGACAAUAGUGUGUGUGUUGUCCUUGUAAGCUGUACCCUUCAAUCCAGACCGCACAGUUUAAAAGCUAGUGUUGUAGGUUUAGAUCAGUUGUCAGUACUGACCACUUGAAAGCUUCUAGUGCAAGCCUUUUCUAUUGUGAAACCCUGCCCUCUCGUCUUACAAUGUGAUCAACAACUCUGUAUAAUAACUUUGUUUUACAGAACACUGUACUGUAGGUAUGUUUUAUUAAGCUUCCCUGGUGUCCCCUGUAAGGUGGGGUUUGGGCAUUAGCACCAGUUAUAAACCUGAAAAGAUUUAACUCUUGCCCAUGUGGCACCUCGGUAAAGAAAAUACUUUUAGCAUACCUUAUGUUGACAUCCUUUGAUUUCAGAAGCCAUUAGUUGUUUUCCCCUAAUGUAUCGUACUCUUGUUGCACAUGUGUAAAUAUCUCACAUUUGUGUUUAUUUUUGAUUCCAAUGUUUGUUGGAUUGACCCCUCAUGGGAUGUGAGCUGGUCACCACGGCCCAGGUUCAUUUUCCAUUCCUCUGUUUGUAAAUACUCGAUUUUUUUCUUUCAUGUCCUGAUCCAAGAUGUACAGAAAUUAAAUUGAUGCUUUUCACCUCAACCUGACCCUUCCCCUCCUCCCUCUCUCCCUGGUCAUGUUCUCCCAACGUGCUGGAUCUCUCUCCUCUGCCGCUUGUUCUAGAUCCCCAGACUGUGGUAGUGGGCAUUUGUCUGUCAGACAAGUUUGGAGAGCUGAAAUAGUGCAGAUAAGUUAAAUAAACCAGGAGGAGGGAGAGACAGAACACCCAUCUGUCUGUGUGUAUGAUAUGGGCUCAUUUAAUAAAGUGAUGAAACAGAU